GGGCGUGGAAACGGAAGUGGAGUUCGCCGGGGUCAGAGGCCGGCUGUGUUGAUGUUGACACUAGGCCGGAGCUGUGGAGUAGUAGUAGGCGCCGCCGCCGCCGGGACGCCGCAGAAGGCCCGAAAAGCUGUCGUGAGGGAAGAACGAGGCGGCGGCGGCGGCGGCGGCGAGAGUUUGCGGAAGCAAGGCCGGCUGGGACAGCGUCGCGUCUUGGGGGCUGACGGGGCCCGCUCCCUCUUUUGACCCGCCUGGCGGGGGGCGCGAUGCGGUUGUGAUUGGGCCUGUCAUCCGGGCAUUCCUUCCCUUCCUCCAAGAAGUGGUUCCUCAGCGGGCCCUCCAUCCGGGUCCCGGGCCUCUCCAUCCGGGUCCCCGCUCUCCAUCCCAGCGGAGGGGAGAGGGCCUCUUUCGCCCCUCUCCUCCAGAAUCCCCAAACUCCCUUCCAUACGGGUAUUUCCUUCCUCCCUCAUCUCCUCCUCCUGCAUCCCCAGUGCCUUUGGGUUAACUGUCAUUGCUUAGCCUCUCCAUCCGGGGACUUGUUCCCCUCACGCGCGGCUCGGGAUUCCUCUGCUUCCCCCCUCCCUCGGUUGCCAUGACGAUCCUGCCCAAGAAGAAGGCCUGCCCGGCCGCCGGCGACGGAGACCGCGACCAGCCGGGCUCCCGAGGGGGCAGCCAGGGCGGGCCUGGGGGACCCGGCGGCGUCGGUGGCCCGGACCCGCGGGGCUGCUCCGGCGCGGACUCCCACCCUCGAGGCCCCAGCGGCGUAGGCGUCGGCGGCGGAGGCGUCGGCGGGCCCGGGGAGCGCGGCGGAGCUAGGCCUCGGGCCUCGCCGCCACCCCCGCCGCCUCGUUGGGGGCUGCCCCCCGCCGCUGGCUCUCCGCCGCCGCCCAACCCCGGCGUGGGGCCCUGUGGUGGAGGCGGCGGGGACGGCUCGGGCCUGCUGGAUCCCGGCGUGGCUGAGGCGCGAGGCGGCGGAGGCGGGGGCUGCUGCUCGGGGCCUGGACACAGCAAGAGGCGGCGGCGCGGCGGGCCCGCAGGAGGCCUCGGGGGACCCUCGGGGCCUGGAGGAGGCGGCGGCGGAGGCAACAGCCCCGAGCAGGACGAGGCCGGCGCUGGCUAUAACAGCGAGGACGAGUACGAGACGGCCGCCGCUCGCAUCGAAAGCAUGGACCCGGCCACCGUGGAGCAGCAGGAACACAGGUUCGAGAAAGCUCUGAGGGAGAAGAAAGGGUUCAUCAUAAAACAGAUGAAGGAAGAUGGAGCCUGCUUGUUCCGGGCUGUGGCUGACCAAGUAUACGGUGACCAGGACAUGCAUGAAGUCGUCCGGAAGCAUUGUAUGGAUUACUUGAUGAAGAAUGCCGAUUACUUCUCCAAUUAUGUGACCGAAGAUUUCACCACGUACAUCAAUCGGAAGCGGAAAAACAACUGCCAUGGCAACCAUAUUGAGAUGCAGGCUAUGGCGGAGAUGUACAAUCGACCUGUGGAGGUUUACCAGUAUGGCACAGAGCCCAUUAACACUUUCCACGGCAUUCAUCAGAACGAGGAUGAACCCAUCCGAGUGAGCUACCACCGCAACAUCCAUUACAACUCGGUGGUGAACCCCAACAAAGCUACCAUUGGCGUGGGGCUUGGAUUGCCCUCCUUCAAGCCAGGGUAUGCAGAGCAGUCCUUGAUGAAGAAUGCAAUCAAGACGUCAGAAGAGUCGUGGAUUGAGCAGCAGAUGCUGGAAGAUAAGAAACGGGCAACGGACUGGGAAGCAACCAACGAAGCCAUUGAAGAACAGGUUGCCAGGGAGUCCUAUUUACAGUGGCUACGCGACCAGGAAAAGCAGGCCAGACAGCCCCGAAAAGCCAGUGCUACUUGUAGCUCUGCCACGGCGGCCGCAGCCAGCGGUUUGGAAGAAUGGAGUGGCCGCUCUCCGCGUCAGCGCAGUUCAGCAUCUUCCCCAGAGCACCCCGACCUGCACAAUGAGCUGAAUGCUGCCAAACCGCCUUCCCCUGGAAGCACAGCAGCUCUUGCACUUACCAAACCCCCCUCGCCAUGUGCUCCUGGAACAAGCAGCCAGCUUUCUGCAGGCAGUGGCCGAGCAACCCCUCCCUUAGUGUCGUUGUAUCCAGCCCUGGAAUGCCGGGCAAUAAUGCAACAGAUGUCACCCACAGCGUUCGGCUUGAGCGACUGGGAUGAUGAUGAAAUCUUGGCUUCUGUGCUGGCCGUGUCACAACAGGAGUACUUGGAAAGCAUGAAGAAGAGCACCCUGCACAGAGACAGUGGCUCCGACAAGAGUUGAUAACUCGCUGGCGACUCCUGUGUUCGCCUGACACCCUUAGGUGCAUGUUUUUUGGCCGGAAGGAUGACAACGUUAUCUGGGACCCCUCCCCUCCUCUCCCUCCUCCUCUUCCUCCUCCUCCGCUGCUGCUGAUCAGUGCUCCUUGGGCUGCCCCUUUUGCUCCUCCUCCACUUUAGACUCUCUACAUCCAAUCCCCCGCUCCCCUUGGUUUGUCGGGGGAGACCGCAAGAGAGGGACAGGACCUCCUCGCAAAGGAGCUGGAACACGCACAAGCUGGGGCAUGCUGGGCUUCCCCUUCAUCAGCCAUUCUGUCAUUAUUAAAAAAAGGAAUCUUGUCCUAAGUAAGCCCUCCCCACCUUGGGAUGUGUGUCCACGGGGAGGGAGAAAUGUUGUAAUUUGCUUAUGGAGGAUGAGGGAAAGUGGACUGAAGUUGAAUUGAGGGCAAUGAGGCAUAGCUGCUUUUGGUUCCCUCUUCCCUUAAUACACUGUGAGAACGUGGGAUCUAGCAUUUUAGACAACGAGAGAGGGGUUGACAGUGUGGGCGAAUGUUUUCUGCCUUUCCGUUGGAGAGGGCUCUUCAACAUGUAACCAAUUGAACCGAUCCGCCAUCACCUCUGAAGAACAACUCUGCCUCAUAUGUGCAGGGGGGCCACCUGAACGGCUGCCUCUUCAUUCUCCCUGCAGUUAUAUGCCUCUUCUUUUUUGCUUCCCAUCUGUGUGUAUUUUCCCAUGUGUUCACUCACUGCUCCUGACCACCCUGAUAGGGGCCACAAUUUCCAUGGUUGCAGUGGCUUGUCCAGCACCGUGGUCCCUCUGGUGCUGCUGAUGUUCUUGGCCUUCCUUUGUCUCUCCUGCUGCUGCCUCUUUGAUUCUUCCUGUGCCUAGCAGCAGGGGAGGGGCCACCCGGUGUCCCUACUUGCCCGGGUGCAGGCCAGGUCUUAGUAAUGGAAGGCUGUGGAGGUGUUGGUCACCAAAUGAACUCAGAAAGUCAAAAGAUGGAAGUUGCAAGGGCAGCAGUGGGGAAGGUGCCAGGCUUUCUCACAGCAAGGGCAGGUUGAAACAGGGCCAUACAUAUAUCUUCCUGUGUCCUGGACUAAAGGUCAGUAAGCCCUAGAAAGAAAGAAUCUCUGGCAACUUUCCUUCCCCCAGGUGCUUGUCUUCCUCACUACAGCUGUAGUUAUAACCCACAUACAGUGGCAAUGUUUGCUCUCCAAGCCUCGCGCUGAACACAUUUCUGACUUCCACUUUCAUGUAAUGGCAGACCAUGCUCAAUCACUCCUCCAUCUUCACCCUGAGUCCCAAAUCCAUGGGGUGAAUGGGAUUUUCUGGAGUUCCUGCCUCCUUUUGUUGCUUUCUGAGGCUUCAAAGAGGCAACUUAAAAAGGCGGAAGGGAGAUAGACUGCUGCUUUAGAUAAAUUGGAUCCAUGGACGACUGGAUUAAAAAGUUAAAUUUGGUGCCUGAUAAUAAAGUAUAGGAGAGUUGACCUCCUGCUUUCACUUCUUUCUCUCUGUUCCUCCCUUCCCUUUUCAUGUGUGAGAUGGGUGAUUGACUCCUGUGAACAAAAGGAAAAAAACCAAGCUAAAACAAUGGGGAUGCACUUUUAGUCCAUCUAAGCACAUUUCUUUACAGGUAACGUCGAUGGUGCUUUCUAGUUUUCAAAAAACUAUACCGCUAGUAGCUGGACUUCAAUAGUUUUUUUCCUUGCUUCCACAUAAGCGCCUUGGUCCUUCAGAUACUUGGGGCAUGAACUCUCAAGAUGAUUGGCCUGCUAACUGGGUCUUCUAGAAGUUAAAAUCUUAUACAUCUGGAUGGCCAAAGGAUCAUGGACCUUGAUCAUCCAAGAGAAUGAAAGUUGAGCUUCUGGUAUUCAUGUGUUCAUAACCGAAUGCUUUAUGGGAUCCUCUGCCCUUGAUGUCAUCCAGGUGCUGGUUUACGGUCAGUUAGUCAGAUUCCUGCAAGGAUGGUAUAAGGAGAGUAAAUCAUGUAAAUACAACUUUGUUUUGAUCUAGUAAAGCAAUCAAAUUGACUUUGAGAUGCAUUAAAUGGAAGGAUAUGCACACUCAG